ACAAGCCAGGUCGUGGUCUAAAAUGCUUCCAGUUGUAGUAAAUAUGUGAUUGCCUAGGUUGUGGUGGUUAGAAAAUAUUGCAAUCUUUCUUUUGGACUGGUUUAUUUUUCAAUUAUAGGCUAUAUUACAGCGAACACAUCGCCGAGGCAAACAAAUACUUCAAGAAAUUACACAGGAACUACAGUGGAUUACUACUAAUUCGUCCGACAUGAUUUACCGAUACUUGGAUGUCUCUUUAGUAAUCUAUUUCUCGUUCAUUUUUACUGGAGUUGACAGUUUAUCAGAAUUGCCUCCACCAAGAAACCUUAGCCUGUCAUGGGCUCAUUGCUCGCUGACUGCAAAGUGGAGCAAGCCGACUGAUUUGGACUCGGGGUGUAAAGUGAACUACACUGUUAUAUUAUGCUCAAAAACAAAAUGUCCUCCAAACAAUACAACCUAUGUUGAUUAUCGACAAACAUCCCACUUGAGCUAUAAAAUUUUCAUUUCUAAUGAGAAUGAAAUUUGCAUCACAAUAAUGACAAACCCCCUUAUGUGUGAAAACAAGAAGAAGAGCAAACCAGUACAUCAGUGCAUCUCUCCACCUAAGGCUUUAGUGAACAACUUCAGCUGUAUUUAUUACUCUGAUAAGAAGAUGAACUGUUCCUGGAAUUUUCUCAGUAAUAUUUCUGAUCUCCAGUUCCAUUACGGGGUUCUUAGGGAGAGAUUCAGUCAAAGGCCCUGCACCUCAUAUAUCACCAGUGGUCCCUUGAAGACUGGAUGUCACAUGCACAGUGACGAUAUUGCAGAAAAAAUGUGCCUCAUUAUCAACAGAACUACUGAACAUGACCCUACAAACAGCUUUGUCAUAGAACCUCGUGAGAUUGUGAAACCGUGGCCACCCAAGCUUAAAAUCAUAAGGGAAGGUGAAUAUCUCCAUUUUCAGUCAAGCACCCCAGAUUUUCAACCACAUUGUUGGCAACACAUGUACAUGUACAGCAAAUGCAAAGAGAAGGAUGAUCAAGUGCAUACAGGAGAUAAACAUUCCAAUUGGUCAGUACGUGUACCAUACGAUGAAGCCUGCAGAUACACAGUUCGAGUGCAGGCGAAUUACAGUCCAUACUGUGGCAAAGGAGCAAGUGACUGGAGUGAACCUGAAUACUAUGGUGAAGAUGUUGACCCAAAUUGGCCAUUAAUGGUGGCUGUCAUAGUUAUCCCUGUUAUAGUAUCCUGCUGCCUCAUUACAGCACUAGUGUUAUUUAAAAGACACAAAGACAUCAUUCUCCCAGCAAUUCCUGAACCAUCACUGUUAUUCAAGGAUAUGCUUAACAGUAAUAAUGAUGGCUUGUCAAAGAACAUAGGUGUGGGAAAACUCUAUGUGCCUAUUAAAGAGGUUGUGGAGAAGGAUGUCAGCCUGGAGCCAAAGUCUGUUUUAUACCCUGGUCCAUAGCACCCUGCUCAGAAAACCGCACGUUGGGCCCCGAAAACUCCUGCAUGACUGUGCAUGGACUGACAGAAACACAGCCUUGCCAAGAAUUCCAGUUGGCCAGUAAACUGAUGUUCACAAAUAGAGGGCAUUUUGUUAUGGGCAUUGCUUAUAGUAAUGUCCCUUUUUCCUGCAUGGCAAAGACUUUUGUUGCAUUCAGAAGUUAGAAGAAAGGUGAAAUGGCCAUCGGGUUAUUAUGCAUUCUGUAGGAUUUUGAAAGGGUGGCUGAAUGCUUAACCCGACAAACCCAACCCACCCCGAAGGUGAGCGCUGGUUUAUUCAGUGUGCAGAGGAUACAGGACUAAAGAGAUCUCAUUUUUUGUUUGCAGGAAAUCUGUGAAAUUAAGCUUCAUGUGUGAACACAACAGCAAUACAUCAUGAAUAGGGCACCGGUAUGCAUGAAGUUUUUAUAAAUUUUUGUUACCUGUAUUUUGUGUAGUACAUUGCAAACAGCAUUUGUCAGGUGCAUGGAUGUAUUGACCCAUUUGGGGGUUAAUGGCUUUUUUUGUAUGUUCAGUGAGAUGACACUGAGAAUGGACAUUUAGCCAUGCUUCACCAUCUGCACCUAUUCACUAGCUAACUAACAGUCUAAUAUUAUGAGUAAGUAUCAGUGUAUACAACUGCAAAGAAACACCUGUAAAUAUUG